CUCGACGUCAACAAAAGAUUGAGAAUUUUUGUCUCCGUGAAUCGCAUUAAAUUUUGGUUUAUCCACUCACCAAAAAGCGCCUUACUGUUUAGUAGGAGAAGAAUCAAUUACUAGGCGGGCGUGCCCCUUAAUAGACGGUGCCCGAAUCCAUCCUCAACCUCGCGGUACCCGGACCAGUUAUCAGCAGCGGAUCCAGCACGAGGACAACGAGCUACAAACAGGAACAAAAAGGCCAAGUACUCUACGAAAGCGAAGAAAAAUGUCGAUAAGCGAGUUUCUGAAAGAUCUACCCUGCCAUAACGAGGAAAACUUCUCGCUCUUCAACACGGAGAAUGGCGUAAGAAUAUCCUCGAAACGGCCGUCAGUCUAUGUUCCCACGACAGAUAUUCCUUCCGAGCAGGUGAUAGUGAGCGAGAAGAAAAACAUUCUCCUGCGAUACCUACAUCAGCAAUGGGAGAAAAAGAACGCUCCGAAAAAGCGAGAAAUGGAGAAUCCUUCUUCCGAUGUGUAUCGCAAACGCCCACGUCUGGAGACGCGCGACAGCAACAGCGCCUAGAUACGCUGCAGUAGGACGGUACACGCUAUAAUAGAGGGAUAUUACAUCUAGGGGAGGGCAUUAGAUAUUACGAUACUACGCGGUAUGACCAAACGUUUUGGGAUGUGAACACCGCGGCGCGGUGCAGUGCAGUUCAGGGUCGCACACACGCUCUUCUGCCAAAACCGGCUAGCUCCAUCCUCUGAACCAUUCUCAUGCCAGGGGGCCUCAGAGUGCAGAUUAUAGUCAUCCCUCAACUUCAGCAUCUUCCGGCCUGUUCGCUCAAAUCACAGCCAACUUGGCGUUUUGUCUUACCUUAUUCUUUCUUCCCGCCAUGGAGCAUGGACGGUAUAGAUAAGUUUGUAAAUUAAGUUAUUCAUUUUUCUCGCUUUCUCUUUUCAUAACUCACAAUCUGGAGCUCGCAGGAGCCAAUUGUCUCACUAUCGGAUGAUUGCUCAGAUCUUCGAGAAUCGAUUUAUCACGAAUAACUUUCUUGAGCUUUGACCGUUGCUAUCAACACUUACACUGUCCAACGGGGUUCUUUUGUGUUUCCUUGUAAUCUUAGGUGUAAGAGAUUGUUUUCUUUAUUUAAAUAAGAAAACCGAGUAAGAAUUCGCGCUUCUUUUGACGAUUACUUCUGUUCGUCUUCUACAAGCAGCAACCAGCAACGAGCCUCCAAAAGAUGAUCUGAUCAAAGAGCAACUUUUCUGUGUGCUGGGUGGGUGUUGUGUGGAUUCGAUACCUUGUGAAAACCGCAACGCAAGCAUCUGUACAAUCCGGUAAACAGUAAAAACAGAAACUCACGUCUCUAAUGGCCAAACAGUGGCGCAGUGGCAAACAGCACAGAAUACCAUUUCACUGCUACAUUGCUCGAAGCGAAUAAAGCAAGAUAAUCCUAACCAUUGGAAGUGUUCAUAGAUCAUAUCCAGACAAGCCUCAUCAGAGAAGUAUUGACUUGUGUUUUCCUUGAAUUACUUUUGCUACGAAACAACAAACGCGACAAGUAUCAUAAAUCUCAGAAACGGAACAACAAUCCUCAUCGAUCUAUGGUGCAUUCAGGAUUGCAGGCCAAUUGUCCCGACCAGAAUCGAUAUACUGGGUAUGAACCAAUAAAGAAACUGUCAUUAAGUCUUACAGA